GGUAACCAACGUGAGUGUCAUGAGCCAACAACUACGGCCAAGAUGAUAUUAGCUAGACCUGUGUGCAGAUUUCAUCCAACGCCGCCGACGAGAGGUUGUAUAACAAUUCCAAUUUACAUAUGUAACAGCCGGUAUAGAAAGAAAAAAAAGCACAAAUGCUUUGAAUCCCAAUGGGAUAAUUACUGGGAUAGGCAAAGCCUUGUCGAAGAAUUGGAGGCCCGCUGCAUGUAACUAUUUUUGUUGUAGGCAAUCCCUCUUAUUCGUAUUCGAUGGCGCGAGCUUUGAAGCGCUGUGGAGAUGGCGCUGGCGCUGGCGAUGAGCGUCUCUGGACAUUUAGCGCUCAUUGGCUCUCUCCCUUUGGGCAGAUCUGAGCUCAACAAUCGCAACCUGUUGAGAUGGCCGAAACCGAAUUUAGCGGAACCUGGGCGCCACACGGGCCACAGCCCACCGCAAGCAGAUGAACAGCGUCCUGUAAGAGGAGAAGUGAUUUUUUCCCUGAUGUGCUUUAAUUGGAAUUGGGUUAUUUUUUGGGGUGGUUUUCGGUGGCUAUAAUCAAUUGAAAACUGGUAUUGCUGCAUUCUUAGCUCACGCGGAUCGAUCCUCUGGGCUGUGGUGCCUAUAAGCAGCGCUCCCGCAGGUACAUGGGAUUUUGUACAUGGGCUCUGGGCGCAUGCCAGUGAAAUCCCCAAGUGCUGGUGGCGCCAGGAACAGUCCCAACGUGGGGAAGACGAGAGGAACGGGCUGCUGCAGAGUAGGCAAUCG